ACCCUGCCGGGCCCGGCGGUCCCUGCACCGCCCGGGAGCCACAGAGAAUGUUUCCAGAAGUAGGUCGCAAUUUAAAUGAAGAGUAUUGGAAAAUGAUUUUCUGCCCCGCUGAGGGAUGCCAGCGUUUCACAGAAACACGGCUAUCGCCACAGUGGCAGUGCUGUCACUACAUCCUGACGGGGCUAACGCAACUCUUCCACUCUGACUAGGGUGAAACUUCAUGGACGUGGCUUCGCAUACCUGAAAUUUUUUUCCCCUUUGGAAAAUCUGGGCAAAGAUAAUUAGAGCUGAAGUCUGUUGUGAAUGAUAAAGCUCCACAGGUCGAUUGAGUGCUCAAGAUGUGGACAGAAUGGCUGGGGAAAGGGAGAAUUUUAGCUGUUUAUCAUGGCAGAAUGUGGGAAACAUGACAUCAAAAACACUGUUUUCAUGUAACAUUGCAACAGCAUUUCUGUCUUUAAUUAUUGCAAAGAAAUGUGAAGCCUAUGAUGUGAUGUUGAAGCAAAGUCUUGUGCCUGAUGGGCAGCCUCUUGCUAUUAAAUGUUCACUGGAAAAGAGCUUGAAAAGUGGAGACUACAACUUAACAUGGUAUAAAGUUGGUAACCAAAGAGCUGUGCCUAGAGACAAACUGUCUAGAGUUCAUCAGCAGAAGAAUCUAAUUUGGUUUCUUCCUGCAAUGUUAGAAGAUUCUGGAGAUUAUGAAUGUGUCAUAAGGAAUUUGACAAGCUGCAAGAAAAUGUGUACAAAAGUAACAGUUUUUGAGAGGAUUGAUGGUUUAUGCUUAAAUGAAAAAUUUGCUGUGGAGGAGGUGAUAUUCACGUCAUCUUCUGCAAAGGUCGUGUGUCCCCACUUGGAUUAUUUCAGGAAAGAGAAGAAUAUUCAGCCUGUUCGUUGGUAUAAGGACUGCCAGCUGCUGAAAGGAAAAAGGUUUGCCAUUUCAAACAGUGACCUUAUAAUUUUCAAUGUGACUGUACAUGAUGGAGGAAACUAUACGUGUGAAACAACAUAUACCUAUGAUGGGAAACAAUAUAACGUUUCACGAGACAUCAGUCUGGUUGUAGAAGUGACCCCACCAAAAAAGCCUCCAGAAAUAACUUACCCAAGAAACAACUCCAUUGAAGUAGAACUUGGCUCACAGGUUACUGUGGAUUGCAACACCACAGGUGCUGAUGGGUAUGAUGUGUACUGGACAGGCAACGGUAUUGAUGUAUUUUAUAUGAGCAGAAUUUUUGCAAGUCCCUAUGAGGGAGAAACUUCUUACGAUGGGCGCCCUAUGCAUUCUGUGAAGCUAAUAAUUUCAGAAGUAAGCAGUGAAGAUUAUGAACAGCCUUUUGUCUGUCAAGCUUCAAAUGCCUUUGGGCAAGUUGCAUCCUAUAUUAUAUUAAAACACAGAGUUCCUGACAUACAAAGAUGGCUGACUGGAGGGCUUGUCUCUUUGUUAAUUUUAACAUUUAUUACUUUAAUAAUCUACAAGAUUUUCAAGAUUGAUUUGGUGCUUUGGUACCGUAAUUCUGUCUGUGCCCUUACAAGUGAGGAAGAUGGAAAAAUCUAUGAUGCAUAUGUCCUGUACACAAAAAGCACUGAAGGCAGAAGUAUAUGUUGUCUGGAAACCUUUGUUCGUAGGAUACUCCCAGAUGUUUUAGAAAAACAAUGUGGAUAUAACCUUUUCAUAUUAGGAAGGGAUGAUUUACCAGGAGAAGCUGUGGUCAGUGUUGCUGAUGAAACCCUUAAGCAAAGCAGAAGACUGAUGAUGAUUUUGGGAUCAGAAACACCUAGGUGCUGCCUGUUGGAAGACACCUCUGAGCAACAACUAGCUAUGUAUAAUGCUCUCAUCCGUGAUGGGAUUAAAGUGAUUCUUAUAGAAAUAGGUGAAAUACAGGACUACAUGAGCAUGCCAGAAUCAAUCAGAUACAUUAAGCAAAAACAUGGAGCUAUUCAAUGGAAAGGGGACUUCUCAGAGAAAUCUUGUUCAGCAAACACAAGAUUCUGGAAAAAUGUGCGCUAUCAAAUGCCAUCCAGGAAAAAGGGAUCUUAUUCUGAAAUGCAUUUGUUGCCCCUAACGUCGAACAGUUCUGCAGCAAAGGAAAGUUAAGAAGCACUUAUUUAAAUAAUACUAAGAAGGUAAUUCUGAUUUGGGAUGUUUCUUGCAUACUCUUUUUACUACAAAGUAGAUGUUUUCUUUGAGGAGUAGAAACUGCUCAUCCCUUCCAUAAACUGCACCCUAAAAGAAAAAAAAUUCUGUGCAACUUUAUUUCUGUACUGAUUUUGGAUAGUGACACAAUUUCUUGUGUUAGUCUCCAUCAAAUAUUAUAAAUAAACAUGGUGGUGAUGAUAUGCAAUUAAGUAGCCGUGGUCCACAUAAAUGUUGUAUGAAGAAACAGCUGUGAAGUCCAUUUUUUAAAAAUCAAAACUGCAGUUGAUAAAUUAAAAGUCUGUUUACUUACUUUAA